UCAAGGUGCAAAAUCCUUCUAGACCCUUUCAUCCUCAACUUUUGCACUCUCUCAUUUACUGAGUAAAAGAGUUGCAGUUACAGAGAGAAAGAGGUGGGGGAAAUAUCAAGAACACAUCUCACGUUCUACCUGUCUUCAUCGAAAGAAAAUCAGGAAAUUUGGGGGAAUUAAAGAAGAGAAGUUGUAGGCCUUUUUGUGGUUACGAUGUCUGAAACAAAUACAAUGAGUAACAAUGAGGUGGUUCACCAUUAUUUUAGUGGUACAAUACCAGCUGAAGUUGCUAAAAAUUUGAAAGAGAUCUUUCCCGAGUUUGGGGAUCUUGAUGACGACGAAGUUCUUUUGCAACAGGAAAGUGCAUACAUGUAUAUUCAAGCCAAUGAAAAGAACAAAGAUACGACCUUGGCUUCUGGUCAAACCAGUAACAGGAGUGAGUUUUCAACAGAAGUGGGCGAAUCAUCACGUGGCACAAGCGUUGAAUCACAGUUGGCCUUUGAUGAAGCCCUUGCUAGAUCCUUGGAGUUGGGAGAUGAUUUUGACAGUUUAUAUAUUUUGGAGCACAGUGGCGCUGCAGUUGAGAGCAGAGAAUCAACACCUAGGGAAACACCUAUCCGGAUUGUGAAUCAGAACAUAAGAGAUGAUGAAAUUGAUACGGACAAUAUGACCUAUGAGCAACUGCAAUCACUAGGGGAAGCUGUUGGACAUGAGAGCAAAGGACUUUCAGAAGAUCUCAUCGCACGAUUACGAAGUUUCAAAUACAAAACUGGGUUGUUUUCAAAGAAAAGGGAAAAGGAAGAGUGUGUGAUAUGUUAUGCCGAAUACAAAAACGGGACUCGACUGACAACUUUGCCUUGUGCACACAUAUAUCAUUCAAAAUGCAUUAUUCGGUGGUUGAAACUCAAUAAGAAUUGCCCUGUGUGUCAAGAGGAGGUACGAGAUGAGUAAUUUACAAAAGCUCACCGGACAGAAUGCAGUUAAAGUCUCUGCUGCUCUAAUAUCAGAAUUUCACCAGUUUUCCAGUUCCCAAAUUCUACUGCUUAAAAGGAAUUACUCGUAUUUUUCUUACUUGUGUAUAGACAGCUUCUGGACUUUAAACAAUGUAGAAGGCAGUGUAUGUAACCUUUGUCUUGUUUUAGAUUGUCAUUUAGAUACGUUUACUGCAGCAGCAUGUAAACUAUAUGCUGGUUUGAUAUGCAGUGGUAUAGACAAAAUUACCUUUUUAUAAUUCAGUUAGCCAAACAAGCUCGAUUUUCUGUAUCAAACCUGACAGGUUUUUACUUUGCCAACUUUUAAAUAUUACUCAAGCAUUUACGCA